UUUUUUUAUUUUUGUUAGUUGGACAAGAUGAAUUCAGUUGUAUUGUUAUUGGUCGAAAUUCUAUUGGAAUAUAUAAAGAAAAUGAACAAAUAUUAGAAAUUGAUUCACCAUUACUUCAAGAAACAACAUCUUUAAUAAGUUAUUGUCCAAUUGAUGAUGGUCGUCGAUAUUUAGUAACUGAUGAUUGUGGUAAACUUUAUUUACUUAUUCUUGAAUCCAAUAAACAUAAUGGAAGUUCAUCAACAACAAUUACUGAUUUAAAAUUGAAUCUUCUUGGUGAAAUAUCAAUUAGUCGAUAUAUAAUUUAUUUAGAUAAUAGUGUUGCUUUUAUUGGUUCAAAUUUUGGUGAUAGUCAACUUAUUCGACUUCUUCCAGAACCACAAAAUGGUAGUCAUUUAGAAUUACUUGAAUCAUAUACAAAUCUUGGACCUAUUCUUGAUAUGUCUAUUAUUGAUCUUGAACGACAAGAUCGACAAUUAGUAACAUGUUCAGGAUAUGCAAAAGAUUCAUCAUUACGUUUUAUUCGAACUGGUAUUGGAAUUCAUGAACAUGCAUCAAUUGAUUUACGAAAUAUUAAAGGAAUUUGGGCAUUAAAAAUUGAUAAUCAAUAUGAUAAUCAUCUUGUUGUUGCAUUCUUUGAUCAAACAAGAUUAUUUCAUUUACAAAAUGAUGAAAUUGAAGAAAUUGAAUUACCAGCAUUUGAUUUUCAACAUCAAACAUUAUUUUGUACUAACGUUACAUCUAAUCAAUAUUUACAAAUAACAACUUAUUCAAUACGUUUAAUUGGUAAUAAUGGUCAAAAUUUACUUCUUGAAUGGAAAAAUGAAAAUAAUGAAAUAACAGUUGCUUCAUCAAAUCAAACUCAAUGUGUAUGUGCUAUUGGAAAUGAAUUAUUCUAUUUUGAAAUUGGUCCAGCAAGUUUAAAAGAAAUUAGUAAAUGUCAAUUACCAUAUAAUAUUGCUUGUUUGGAUAUAACACCAUUAAAUUCUCGAGAUGAACGAACUAAUCUUUGUGUUAUUGGUCUUUGGACACAAAUAUCAGUUUGGAUAUGUCGAUUACCAACACUUGAUAUUCUACAUAGAGAAUCAUUAACAUCAGACACAUUACCACGAUCAGUAGCAAUGAUAACCUUUGAUGGUCAACCAUAUGUUUUUGUUUCAUUAGCUGAUGGUCCUAUUGUUUAUUAUUUACUUGAUAUUGAACAUGGUUUAUUAUAUGAACGAAAAAAAGUUCCAUUAGGUACAAAACCUACAACAUUAACUAUUUGUCAACAUACAGAUUUAUCUUCAACAUCAAAUAAUUCACGUACUGUUUUAUUUGCUUGUAGUGAUCAUCCAUCAGUUAUAUCAUCAACAAAUAAUAAACUUGUUUUUUCAUCUGUUAAUUUACGUGAAAUUGUUUGUAUGUGUUCAUUUAAUUCAGAAUAUUAUGGACCAAGUUUAACAUUAGUUACUGAUAUGGGUGUUAUACUUGGUCGUAUUGAUGAUAUACAAAAGUUACAUGUACGUUCAUUAAUAUUAGGUGAAUCAGUAAAACGUAUUGCUUAUAUGGAUGAAGAAAAAAUUUAUAUUAUUUUAACACAAUAUAUGGAUUUAUAUCAAACAGAUAAUAUUGCACCUAUUAAAAAAAUGAAGGAAUUGACAGAACAACAACAACAAGAUGAUGCUUAUAAUUCAAUUGUUGUUCUUGAUCAACAUACACAUGAAGCUCAUACAUCUGUUAAACUAUUAAAUAAUGAAGAAGCAACUAGUCUAUGUGUACUAACAUUUGCUGAUGAUCCUUCAAUACCAUAUAUUGCUGUUGGUACAACAAUUGUAUUUAAUGAUGAAGAUGUCCCAAAAUGUGGUCGAUUAAUUUUAUUUCGUUAUAAAAAUGGUCAUAUGAAUAUGGUUGCAGAAAAAGAAUUAAAUGAUAUACCAUAUAGAAUGUUACCAUUUCAAGGCAAAUUACUUGUUUCAAUUGGUACUUCAAUUCGAUUAUAUAAAUUUUCAUUGGAAAAUCAUGAAUUAAUACAAUUAUCGAAAACAUCUAUAGAGUGUGUUGAAUGUUUAGAAUUAAAAGUUAAAGAUGAUUUUAUAUUAACUGGUGAUUUAAUGAGAUCAUUAACAGUCCUUCGUUAUAAUGUUGAUGAAAACAAAUUUGAAAAUAUUGCACAUGAUCCUCAUCCGCAAUGGACAAAAGCAUGUGAAUUUAUUGAUGAUGAUACAUUUGUAUGUGCAGAAGAUGGUGGAAAUAUAGUUUCAUGUCAUAAAAAUAGUGGUUCAACUAAAGAACAAGAAAGAAAUAUAUUAAAUGAACUUGGAUCAUAUCAUUUAGGAGAAGAAAUUAAUUUAUUUCGACGUGGUUGUCUUGUUACACAACAAACAUCUGAAUCGGCGAUUACACUUGAAACAUGUAUUUUAAUGGGUGCUAUAUCUGGUUAUAUUGGUCUUCUUCUUCAAUUACCACCAACAUUAUAUAAAUUACUUAUGUCAUUACAAUUAGCAUUAGCUGAAUAUGUUCCAAGUGUUGGUAAAAUCGAUCAUGGUACAUGGCGUUCAUUUGAUUCUGAUGGACGUUCAAAUGUUUCAUCUGGUUUUGUUGAUGGUGAUCUUAUUGAAACAUAUCUUGAUUUACCAAAAACUGUUCAACAUGACCUUAUUAAAGAUUUACAUGGAGAAAAUAAUGUUCAAUUAAAUGCAACUGUUGAAGAAUUAGUCAAAAUAAUUGAAGAACUUGCACGAAUACAUUGA